GCAAAGAUUAGGUUUACUUGAGCUUUGGUCGCGUUUUCGGUGCUGCUAUUAGUCACAGCCCCCGUCUCAGAUAAGUCUCACAAGGGUGUCUGUCCAAUCUCCCGUUCUCUGCAGCGGAGCGCAUCACAAGAGUACAAAUUGCAAAUUCGCAAGUCCACGAGGCGUUUCAGCCAUUAUCACGGGGGUGGCUCUGCACGGGCUGCACCCGCUACUCUGUGUUGAAACUCUCGAGAGCUGUAUGAUACAUGACGUGUGUCGAGCAGCCGAGUGAUCUGAAUACUCAUCCGUGAUGUUUGGAGGGGGGGUCGGUAUAAUCGUAUCUACUAUCACACAGCCUUGAUGUAGCCGAACUCGUAUGAAAGUCGUGCUGCAGGACAGGGCAGAGGGACAUCGAGGUAUCGAAUCAUUCCUGCGCUCUGGUCAUUCUCAAUGCCUGCCGCGUCGUCCCUCUCCGCCACCGCCGUGUCCUCCUCGGCGUCUGCAACAGCCACCCUCCCUGCCGGCUGCUCCCUAAGCUCAUUCAACGGCGGGGUAACGCUCAGCUCCGACUUCGAAGGCUGCACCACCUCGACCCUCUUCGGCCUGGACUCGUGCUGCGCUGCCGCGGGCAGCAUACCCGCGUUCGUCAACAACACGUGCGGCUGUCCGCUCGACAAGGUCGCGUCGGCCAAGGAUGCCCGCGACGCGUUCACGAGCUGCACCGCGAAGCUCAACCUCACGUCCGGGUGCGGAGGGUACCCGCUCCCGAGCGCCACUCCGAAAGGCGGCGCUGUGGGACGGGAGGCAGGCGUGCGGUUUGCGUGGGUCUGGGUCGUGUUGCUUUCGGCCUUGAUAGGGGGUGCUUAUGUUGUGUGAAUCGACGGGUUCACGAUUGAUAGUGGAGUUUUUUUAGUGCAGUCGCCCG